AUGUCAGCCAGCGACCUCCCAGGCCGGGGAGAUGGGCCACGCCUCCCAGAUGAAGAAUCUGAAAACCUUUUUUUUCUGGAUGAUGCGGACUACUAUCAUCUCCUCGCGCUACCUCGCGAACCUCCUCCGACAGAUUCCCAAAUACGCUCUGCCUAUCGAACGCUUUCGCUUAGUUUCCAUCCGGACAAGCAACCCGCCGACAAACGUGACGCUGCGACGAAGCACUUUGAUAGAAUCAGCCAGGCAUAUGAAACUCUUAUAGAUCCGCAGAAGCGUGUGGUGUACGACAUGGUAGGCGAAGAGGGCUUGAAACUAGAAUGGGGACCCGGCGGUCUCCUGGGGAGGGAGCGGGAACCAAAAAACCGACAAAUUGGCGUCCAGGCAAUGAAUGCUGAGCAGUUUCGGGAGUGGUUUUUAACGAUGAUGAAGCGUAGGGAACUAGAACUGCUUGAUAGGCUGGUGCAAUCAAGGUCGAGUGUUUCCGUCAAGGUUGAUGCACGAAAUUUGGUUCUACAAAUGCUUGGGGUUCCAACUGACCCGGAAGAAUCACUUGCUGAAUUCUCGUCUUUGGGCGUGGGACUUAGUUUCAAAACGCCCUUUACCCCUUUAAAAUGGAUCCGUGGUUGCUUCAGUAGACUUCACCGUGAAGAAAAAGAAAACAAUGAUGAUGAUGAUGAUGUUCUUGAAGGAGAAUACGCCAUACCCUCGCCUAAUGAUGCCUUGCUAGAAAUCCAUGCCAAUGUUGGUGGUAAACUAGUCUUCACUGAACAUGAAGUUGAAUUCAUAGAUCCAGUUACCAAGGAAAAAGAGAUAAAACAAGUUGCCGGACCCCGAGCCCUUUUGGCCAAAAAUUUUUCCCUGGGAGCCACCUUGCGCCAUAGGGUCCACAUUCCUCCGCGUGAUACUUCAGGGGCGUCAUCUAUAUUAUCUCCCUUUAGUGGAGAUUUUGCCAUUGAAAUUGGAAGCGCUCUCUUACCAUCUCCUACAUUACAUGCCACAAUUUCAAAAGGUCUGCAGCUUAUACGAGGAACAAAGCCGUUCGACAUAACAGUUAAUGGUACUUUAUCUGAUCUCAGCCUUCGCACGGGUCCCACAAUAAAUACAUCGAUCUCGAAAACAAUAGGCUUCCGUGGACUCGCUUAUUGCAACUGGUCGACUGGACAAUUGUUUUGGCCUUCCUUGGUUUCAGAAUUUUUUGCGUCUCUGACCUCGAAUUAUGGGCCGUUCGCCGUUCCAAAUCAUCCAAGCAAGUUCGAAAUAGGAUAUGUCGCUUUACCUGUUAAACGUGUAUCGAACCAAGCUUCGGAAAGCUAUGCUGAUGCUGAAAACUCCGAUUUUUUAUUGGACGAUACGAUAGAAGGAAAUGUAGCGGAGCCCCUUGAAACAUGGGGAAUUUUGCUUCAUUCUUCUCCAUUUUCUGCUCAGGUAUCACUCAACUACUCGAGAACGAUCUUUGGUGGGCAGCCUGAGAAUGCCCCUCGGUCUGAAUGGAACUAUGAGGGAUAUCAUCCCCAGGGAAUAUUGAAUGGAAGCCGGGGUGUACGAUUGGAAGUUGUAACCAGUGUUGGUUUAGAUCUGUCUGUAGGUUGGAUGGUAUCGGGCUCGCGCCAGGUGGGCACUUUUACCCGCAUGGGGUUAGGCGUCGGUUUGCAGGGUGGAAAGGGCCUGGUGUGCUCCGUGACAUGGCAACGGCUUGGCCAAUCAAUCAAGAUUCCCAUCAUGUUGUGUCCUGUCGACUUCCUUGAUAACGAUAUUGCGGUCCUCGCCACCAUGCUUCCAUGGAUAGGCUAUUCUAUUGUUGAAUUUGGGUUCUUACGACCGCGAGAACGACGGAGACAGAAGAGAGUGCUUGCUAGAGCUGAAAAGCGAGUCGAGAGCUUGAUUGGGAAACAAAAAGCUGAUGCACUCGAAGCUACUGAACUGAUGCGCGAGCAGGUCAAGCGAAGACAAGAAAGAGAGAUGGAGAGAGACGGGCUUGUUAUUAUUGAGGCACGCUACGGUUAUUUCCCCCCCCAGCAGAGUGAAAACCACACGAAUGAACAACAUCGUAAAGAAGCUAUUGUGACAAUCCCUGUGGCAGCCCUCGUGGAUCAGGGACAGCUAGCAAUUUUAGCUCAGGUCAACAAGUCGCGAAUACUAGGGUUCUGGGACCCGAGCCCAGGCAAACCAAAGACACUCAAAAUCAGAUAUUCAUUUGGGGGCUAUGAACACUAUGCUGAGUUCAAUCAAAGUGAGGCGGUGUUGCUUCCAAUGCGUUUGCAUCAAUUGUAA